CCAUGUUCAUUGGCCAGGCUAACUGCGGCUGACAGUGAGUGGCAGACGCCGGGCCUAGCGCUCCCGGUCUGAUCGAGCCCAGUGGAGGCGACGGAGCCCUUGGAAUCACCCGGGUCACCCUUCCUGAGGUGGAACGCGAGCCCGGUUACCGAAAUCUCACGACCCGUGUCGGGCCUGGCCAGCAGCUGCAGAGCCAGGGCAUCGAGGGCUGGAGCGGAGCUGACACUGUCCAUGGAGCUGGUCGACAGGGUGGACAGGGGGCAGUGGUGAUGGCGCAGUUUGACACUGAAUACCAGCGCCUAGAGGCCUCCUACAGCGAUUCACCCCCUGGAGAGGAGGACCUGUUGGUGCAUGUUCCUGAGGGGAGCAAGUCACCUUGGCACCACAUCGAAAAUCUUGACCUCUUCUUCUCUCGAGUUUAUAAUCUACACCAGAAGAAUGGUUUCACUUGUAUGCUCAUCGGGGAGAUCUUUGAGCUCAUGCAGUUCCUCUUUGUGGUUGCCUUUACCACCUUCCUGGUCAGCUGUGUGGACUACGACAUCCUAUUCGCCAAUAAGAUGGUGAACCACAGUCUUCACCCGACCGAGCCUGUCAAGGUCACUCUGCCAGAUGCCUUUCUGCCUGCCCAAGUCUGUAGUGCCAGGAUUCAGGAAAAUGGCUCCCUUAUCACCAUCCUGGUCAUCGCUGGUGUCUUCUGGGUCCACCGGCUCAUCAAGUUUAUCUAUAACAUUUGCUGCUACUGGGAGAUCCACUCCUUCUACCUGCAUGCUCUGCGAAUCCCCAUGUCGGCACUUCCAUACUGCACAUGGCAAGAAGUGCAGGCCCGGAUCGUGCAGACCCAGAAGGAGCACCAGAUCUGCAUCCACAAGCGUGAGUUGACAGAGCUGGACAUCUACCACCGCAUCCUCCGGUUCCAGAACUACAUGGUGGCGCUGGUGAACAAGUCCCUCCUGCCCCUGCGCUUCCGCCUGCCCGGUCUCGGGGAGGUUGUCUUCUUCACCCGGGGCCUCAAGUACAACUUCGAGCUGAUCCUCUUCUGGGGACCUGGCUCUCUCUUUCUCAACGAAUGGAGCCUCAAGGCUGAGUACAAACGUGGGGGGCAACGGCUGGAGCUGGCCCAGCGCCUCAGCAACCGCAUCCUGUGGAUUGGAAUUGCCAACUUCCUGCUGUGCCCCCUCAUCCUCAUCUGGCAGAUCCUCUACGCCUUCUUCAGUUAUGCCGAGGUGCUCAAGCGGGAGCCGGGUGCCCUGGGUGCGCGCUGCUGGUCGCUCUACGGCCGCUGCUACCUCCGCCACUUCAACGAGCUGGAGCACGAGCUGCAGUCCCGCCUCAACCGAGGCUACAAGCCCGCAUCCAAGUACAUGAAUUGCUUCUUGUCACCGCUGCUGACACUGCUGGCCAAGAACUGCGCCUUCUUCGCUGGCUCCAUCCUGGCCGUGCUUAUUGCCCUCACCAUCUACGAUGAAGACGUGCUGGCUGUGGAACACGUCCUCACUACCGUCACACUCCUGGGGGUCACCGUGACCGUGUGCAGGUCCUUUAUCCCAGACCAGCACAUGGUGUUCUGCCCUGAGCAGCUGCUCCGCGUGAUCCUCGCUCACAUCCACUACAUGCCUGACCACUGGCAGGGUAAUGCCCACCGCUCGCAGACCCGGGACGAGUUUGCCCAGCUCUUCCAGUACAAGGCAGUGUUCAUCCUGGAGGAGUUACUGAGCCCCAUUGUCACACCUCUCAUCCUCAUCUUCUGUCUGCGCCCACGGGCCCUGGAGAUUAUAGACUUCUUCCGCAAUUUCACCGUGGAAGUUGUCGGUGUUGGAGACACCUGCUCCUUCGCUCAGAUGGAUGUUCGCCAGCAUGGGCAUCCCCAGUGGCUGUCCGGUGGGCAGACGGAGGCCUCAGUGUACCAGCAGGCCGAGGAUGGGAAGACAGAGUUGUCACUCAUGCACUUUGCCAUCACCAACCCUGGCUGGCAGCCACCACGUGAGAGCACGGCCUUCCUAGGUUUCCUGAAGGAGCAAGUUCAGCGGGAUGGAGCAGCUGCUGGCCUUGCCCAAGGGGGUCUGCUCCCGGAAAAUGCCCUCUUUACGUCCAUCCAGUCCUUACAAUCCGAGUCUGAGCCACUGAGCCUUAUUGCAAAUGUGGUAGCUGGCUCAUCCUGCCGGGGCCCCCCACUGCCUAGAGACCUGCAGGGCUCCAGGCACAGGGCUGAAGUUGCCUCUGCUCUGCGCUCCUUCUCGCCUCUGCAGCCUGGUCAGGCUCCCACGGGCCGGGCUCCCAGCACCAUGACAGGCUCUGGGGUGGAUGCCAGGACAGCCAGCUCCGGGAGCAGUGUGUGGGAAGGCCAACUGCAGAGCCUGGUGCUGUCAGAAUAUGCAUCCACUGAGAUGAGCCUGCAUGCCCUCUACAUGCACCAGCUCCACAAGCAGCAGGCCCAGGCUGAACCUGAGCGGCAUGUGUGGCACCGCCGGGAGAGUGAUGAGAGUGGGGAGAGUGCCCCUGAAGAGGGGGGAGAGGGGGCCCGGGCCGCCCAGCCUAUCCCCCGCUCUGCAAGCUAUCCCUGUGCUGCACCCCGGCCUGGAGCUCCUGAGACCACUGCCCUGCAGGGGGGCUUCCAGAGGCGUUAUGGAGGCAUCACAGAUCCUGGCACAGUGCCCCGGGCUCCCUCUCACUUCUCUCGGCUGCCCCUGGGAGGAUGGGCUGAAGAUGGGCAGUCAGCAUCAAGGCACCCGGAGCCUGUGCCCGAAGAGGGCUCAGAGGAUGAGCUCCCCCCUCAGGUGCACAAGCACGUGACCAUGCCGGCUCCGCCCGUCUAUUUUGCCCUUUGCGUGUACCAUCCCCCUCCUCGCACCUUCGGAGACUCGGCCAAUGGGGACCUGAGUAGGGGCCAGGGGCGGCCCCCGGUGGGCGGGGCUGCUGAGGAGGAGAGUCGCCGGAGUCGGUCGUUGAACACUCCCGUGGGCUCGGACCCGGCCGGAGGGCCACCUGCCGCGAGCAGCGGCCGAACGGCGGAGACAGCACGUCCGGAGGGGCCUGGUGGCGCCGACAGGGUGUCUUGGGCGGCCGGCCCUCGCGUCGCUCCCUACGUGCUGCAGCUGCUCCUGGCCACACUUCAGGUAGCGCUGCCCCUAGCCGGCCUCGUUGGCCGGGUGGGCACUGCCCAGGGUGCCCCAUUACCAGGCUACCUUUUCCUGGCUUCUGUACUGGGGACUGUGGCCAGCGCCUGUGGUCUGGCGAUGCUCGUGACAGAACGGAGCCAGGCACUGCAGAAGCUAGCAAUGGGCGUCUGGAUCAAGUUCAGGCACAGCCCGGGUCUCCUGCUCCUCUGGACUGUGUCUUUUGCAGCCGAGAAUUUGGCCCUGGUGUCUUGGAACAACCCACAAUGGUGGUGGGCAAGGGCGAACUUGAGCCAGCAGGUUCAGUUUAGCCUGUGGGUGCUGCGGUAUGUGGUCUCCGGAGGGCUUUUUGUCCUGGGACUCUGGGCCCCUGGACUUCGACCGCAGUCUUACACCUUGCGGGUCAAUGAAGAGGAUCAAGAUGUAGAGAGGAGCCAGGUUCCAUCAACAGAAGGGCCACCGAGGUCUACCUGGCGAGACCUAGGCAGGAAGCUCCGCCUACUGAGUGGCUACCUGUGGCCUCGGGGGAGUCCAGCUCUGCAGUUUGUUGUGCUCAUCUGCCUGGGGCUCAUGGGGUUGGAGAGGGGACUGAAUGUGUUGGUCCCCAUCUUCUAUAGGGACAUAGUGAACUUGCUGACCCAGAAGGCACCUUGGAACUCCCUGGUCUGGACGGUCAUCAUCUAUGUCUUCCUCAAGUUUCUCCAGGGGGGUGGCACUGGCAGUACAGGCUUCGUGACCAACUUGCGCACGUUCCUAUGGAUCCGGGUACAGCAGUUCACCUCGAGGCAGGUGGAACUGCGCCUCUUCUCCCAUCUGCACGAGCUUUCACUGCGCUGGCACCUGGGGCGCCGCACAGGGGAGGUGCUGCGGAUCGUGGAUCGGGGCACGUCCAGUGUCACGGGGCUGCUCAGCUACCUAGUAUUCAACAUCAUCCCCACGCUGGCCGACAUCAUCAUUGGCAUUGUCUACUUCAGCAUGUUCUUCAAUGCUUGGUUUGGCCUCAUUGUGUUCCUGUGCAUGGGUUUUUACCUUGCCCUGACCAUUGUGGUCACUGAGUGGAGAACAAAGUUUCGACGGGCUAUGAACAUGCAGGAGAAUGCUACCCGGGCCCGGGCUGUGGACUCUUUGCUAAACUUUGAGACGGUGAAGUAUUACAACGCAGAGAGUUAUGAAGUGGAACGCUAUCGUGAGGCCAUCAUCAAAUAUCAGAGUUUAGAGUGGAAGUCAAAUGCUUCUCUGGUUCUGCUAAAUCAGACCCAGAACCUGGUGAUUGGACUUGGACUCCUUGCCGGCUCCCUGCUUUGUGCCUACUUUGUCACUGAGCAGAAGCUACAGGUCGGGGACUUUGUGCUGUUUGGCACCUACAUCAUCCAGCUGUACAUGCCUCUCAACUGGUUUGGCACCUACUACAGGAUGAUUCAGACCAACUUCAUCGACAUGGAGAACAUGUUUGACCUGCUGAAAGAGAAGACAGAAGUGAAGGACCUUCCUGGCGCAGGGCCCCUUCGCUUUCAGAGGGGGCAGAUUGAGUUUGAAAACGUGCACUUCAGUUAUACUGAUGGGCGGGAGACCCUGCAGGAUGUGUCCUUCACCGUGAUGCCUGGACAGACACUGGCCCUGGUGGGCCCAUCGGGAGCGGGGAAGAGCACAGUUUUGCGUCUGCUAUUUCGCUUCUAUGACAUCAGCUCCGGCUGCAUCCGAAUAGAUGGGCAGGAUGUUUCACAGGUGACCCAGGCCUCUCUCCGGUCUCACAUUGGAGUCGUGCCCCAGGACACUGUCCUCUUCAAUGACACCAUUGCCAACAAUAUCCGCUACGGCCGCAUCACAGCUGGGAACGACGAGGUGAAGGCUGCAGCUCGGGCUGCAGGCAUCCACGACACCAUCAUGGCUUUCCCUGAAGGGUAUGAUACCCAGGUGGGCGAGCGGGGACUGAAGCUGAGUGGUGGGGAGAAACAGCGUGUCGCCAUCGCUCGCACCAUUCUCAAGGCUCCAGACAUUGUUCUGCUGGAUGAGGCAACGUCUGCAUUGGAUACCCAUAAUGAGAGGGCCAUCCAAGCUUCUCUGGCCAAAGUCUGCGCCAACCGCACCACCAUCGUGGUGGCACACAGGCUCUCCACGGUGGUCAGUGCUGACCAGAUCCUCGUCAUUAAGGAUGGCCGCAUCGUGGAGCGAGGACGGCACGAGGCUCUGCUGUCCCGAGGUGGGGUGUAUGCUGACAUGUGGCAGCUACAGCAGCAGGGACAAGAAGUCUCUGAAGACACCAAGCCCCAGACGAAGGCAUGAUGACAAAAGCUGUGGCCACUUCCUUCCUGAAGGAUAACUCUGAGGGGAAUACACUGUAUCCCUCUUCCCUGCCAUGUUUCAUCCUGGUCUUGGUGCUAGCUACAGUGAUGGAACGGGGACUUUCAGAAGAGCAUUGUGGGGGAAAUAAAAGUGUGGACUGUGUUAGGA